AUGGACGCCCUUUCAAGUGUACUCCCAGAACCCAGACAUCAGCUUUUAAGUUCGGAGCAACAAACCCGUUAUGAGCGUCAUUACGAUGAACUCACGGCUGUUAAACAAAAAAAUAAACCACCCCCCUACGGCAGCAGGGUGGGUUGGAAACCGCGAAACGCAGACGAUUUUGAAGAUGGAGGAUCGUUUCCUGAAAUUCACAUAGCACAGUAUCCUUUGGAGAUGGGGCGUAACAAAACGAGCAAAAGUGGUGGAGCUCUUCCCUUACAAGUCGACGCUGAAGGCAAUAUUCGAUACGAUGACAUUGCAAAACAAGGUCACAAUAAGUCUCGAGUUAUUCAUUCACAAUUUAAAGAUCUGGUACCCGUGAAUCAAAGAUCAGACAUAGAGCUAGUGACUUUGGAUAGACCUGGCGAGGAUGAGGUCAAAGAAACGACAGAAAAAACGAGGGAAGCGUUGGAGAGAAUUGUGCAAGGUAAAAUCAAAGCUUCACAACCGAAAAACAUAAAAAGCGACAAACCUUCAGAGCCGACGUAUAUAAGGUACACUCCUGGCCAACAGGGCGAAGCUUAUAAUUCGGGUGCGAAACAGAGGAUAAUUAGAAUGGUAGAAAUGCCCGUUGAUCCAAUGGAACCACCAAAAUUCAAGCACAAAAAGAUACCCCGUGGUCCACCAUCACCACCGGCGCCAGUAUUACACUCCCCCCCUCGAAAGGUUUCCGCAAAAGAACAACAAGAGUGGGUUAUUCCACCAUGUAUUUCAAAUUGGAAGAACGCAAAAGGAUACACGAUUCCGCUUGAUAAGCGCUUAGCGGCUGAUGGACGUGGACUACAGGAGGUCACCAUAAACGAUAACUUUGCAAAAUUAUCUGAGGCACUUUUCACAGCUGAUAGACAUGCUCGUGAAGAGGUACGGCAACGUGCUUUGAUGAGAGAAAAACUCGCUCAGAAAGAAAAAGAGGAGAAGGAAAAACGUCUUCGUAUGUUGGCACAAAAAGCUCGCGAAGAAAGGUCUGGUAUUCCUUCAACAACUAAGAAUUCUUCGGCUCCCGAAGAAUCAGGAUCUGAGUCAGAAUCUGAAGACGAAAAAGUCAAGGAGAGAGAGGAUAUAAGGAGAGAACGACGAAAGGAGCGAGAAAGAGAAUACAGGUUAUCAAGGAUGGGUGCGGAACAAAGGGCCAAAUAUCUAGCACGAGAGCAAAACAGAGAUAUAUCCGAAAAGAUCGCGUUAGGCCUCGCAAAGCCCACAGUCAGUAAAGAAAGUUUAUAUGACACCCGAUUAUUCAAUCAAUCUGAAGGACUCUCAUCAGGGUUCAAAGAUGAUGAAGUUUAUGACCUUUACGAUAAACCACUCUUUGCCGGCUCAAGUUCUUCGAGCAUCUACAAUCCCAAGAGAGCCUACGAUUCUGAUCAAUAUGGUGGUGGCAAUGAAGAGAGCAUCAAUAGGAUGCUGAGUGUCGAUAGGUUCGGGAUUGCAUCUAAAGGUUUUCAAGGAGCCGAUAAGAAUCAGACGAGGGAAGGGCCUGUGGAAUUUGAGAAAGAAGAAGCUGAUCCCUUCGGGCUCAAUCAAUUUCUGGACGACGCCAAGAAAGGUAGCAAACGGGGAUUGGAUAUGUCUGAAAGUGGCAAGAGUAAGCGUCAUAAAAAUUAG